AUGUCGGUAUGUAAUCCGUUGAGUUUUUGGGGAACGCCCUUUUCGAUUUUUUUGAAAUGAGAACAAAAAAAUAAGAUCAUUAUCAAAUAAGAAAUAGCUAAUUUUUUUCGAGUUUGAAGGCUCUCUUCAAGGUAUUACUUAACCUUCCCCUAUAGGGGCCACUUGAGCUUGCAAAAGUGGCCCCUUCAGGGGAUUAUCAUAAACUCUAUGAGAAGAAACAUUUCCAUGCGAAAAAGUCGAUAAAAAUGUUAUUUGAAUGUAAAUCUGAACAAAAAGUUAAAAAAAAACCCUAUAGGGACCAUUUGAGCUCUAGGGCUUUAGGAGGCAUAACCCCUAUUGGGAACACUUGAAUCCCCCUCUCUGUCGGGAAUACUUAAAUCCCCCAUUUCUUUUUAUAACCCCUAUAGGGACCACUCUGUCGUUCCUUUUCUAAUUUUCUUCUUCUUGGACAUUCAUAAAACCGAUUUUCAUGCAGAAAUUUUGAUUAAAACAUUGAAACUUUUAAUUUUUUUUUGCAGCUCAUUUACAAAGACGUUCGUUUCAUAUCUCAAAAAGGCAUCUCCAAACGUAUAAGUUGGAGAAUUUGGCGCAUAUGAGGCCCGUCAAACGAUGAUAGAUGGCGAAAGAAACACGUCCCUCGGGGGGCAUCUUUGCCGUUUCAGCCGGUGUCUAAAGCUUAGUACCAUCAGGGGUUAAUGUUUUUUUUUCAAGCCAGUCGAAUUAUUUCUCAACUAUUUUAUUUCUGUCUUCUGAGGUGUAGUUUUAAUGAAGUUUGGAGCCUUAUCAAGAAUUUCCAGCUUUUGGGUGAUUAUCUUGAAGAUUUUGAGCUUCUAUGGGCGAUUUUUGGUCAAAUUUGAGCAAAAAACGCAUUUUUUCAAGCGUUUUCAGGUUGUUUUGAACAUUUUUUGGUUUCUAAGGUCAUUUUUUGGAUCCAUUUCUUUUUUUGCUCCACCAAUUUUUCGCUCUUUUUAUUUUAUUGAAUGAAAAAACUGUUUUUUUUUGAGAAAAAUAAAAUUCUUUCCAAAGAAUAACCGGUCAAAAUAAAAAUCCAAUCCCUUUCAAAACUUGUAUCAAACUUCUUCCGCUCUGUCUUCCGAAGGACAUAAAUUCUCUUCUCCCAAACCAUUUCUCCUUUCAACAUCGGAAUUGCUUUCUUGUUUCCUUUUGCCAAUCCAAACUGCGAGGACAUAAAAAAGUUCCAUUUUUCUGGCGCCGGAGGUCCGAAAAACGACAAGAAUAGCGUCCAAUCAGUCUGUUGAAAGGGACACAAAAUGAAUCAGAGCCGCGCGGAAACGUCCAGAAGCACGCAAAGUCAUCGACGUUUUCUUGUUUUUCUCCCCAAACGCUGUACUUUUUUCUCGGGGGCUCAAUUGGAAUAAAUUUGAACAUGGAACAAGCCAUAUGAACCCAUCGCGAGUGGAAAAAAAGCUGAUUAAUUGACGAGAUUGAGGCCAUAAAACCGCCUCUCCGUGUCCCAUUUGUUUCAUUUUAAGUGGCUCAUAAAAAGCGAAGCAAAACAAGCAAUAAACCCGAAAAAUUCAGGAUACGGCUUGGUAUCGGAAGAAUGUCCAGCAGCAGCGGUCGGCUGUCGAAUCCGAGCCAAAAAGGAUCACAUUGGUGAGUUGCAAAAAAGUCAAGCCCCCUAGGGGACUCGAACCCCUGACCGUUAGAUUAAAAGUCUAACGCUCUACCAACUGAGCUAAGGAGGCUCACGCAGGCGAGGAGGCGCGUGCGCCACAUGACACGUUCUUGCCCCUGCCUGUAGUGAAUGGCAGAGAGGAUGGCAAUCGAAUUUCCGUUGAUAGAACGUUCCUUUCAUAUUUCAGAAUGGUACGAAUUGUCACGACUCUACGACCGGAAUCAGCUGGUUUGCGUGUAUCCGGAAGAAUACAAAUCGCUCACAGGUAAACAUUUUGAAAAAAUUCGAAUUUUGUUGAGAAAUUACUUUAUUUUAAAGUUGUCUUUUUCAGUUUAUUUCUCAAAACCUAUUUUUUACAGGAUGUAUGCGAAAGCCAUCCGGAAGUAUCCGUUGCUGGUGCGGAGGAAGGGCCGAUUGUAAUGAUCCCGAAAUUAGCAAGUAAUCUUUGGGUUUUUAUUUAAAAAUAUCAAGUUAUGUAGUUUUAGAAAUGAUAAAGUAUACAUUAUAAACAUUUGGAUCUGCUAAAAUGUUUUCAAUCAAAUAAUAGCUUCCAGAUGAAACUUUUCUGCUUUUUGCUUGUUAUUUUGAAACUUUUCAUGCGGUUUUUUUUAAAAUUAGAUUGUUUCGAAACUCUCUUUUAACGAUUUAAGGGACCUCUACGAAGCCUACACGGAAGGCGACAAUGAAUCCAUCGAAGAAUUGAGCGAAUGGCUCAAAAAUAUCGACAAUGGGCCGCGUGAGUGAUCUCUUUUGCUUCGAAUUUAAAAUUUCUGAUAAAAUUAAAUAAAUUGAAACAUUUUUCUUUAUUUUUUUCUUUAGGAUUUCUUGUAGUUGUUGCAUCACGUUGUUAUCGUAAAAAGGCUAAAAAAAUCUGUUUCCUUUUCAAAAAAAGAAAAUAAUUUUUUUCUCUUUAUGUUUUAUUUAUUUGAAAAAAAUUUACGGUCUAAUUAGGUCUAAUGUACUCAUGGUAAAAAAAUAGAAAAAAAUAAUUGUUUUUCCAUUAUUUCAUACCAUUAUUCGUUCAACUGAAUCUUUUCAAAACCAUGGAACUAAUUGAGAAAAAAUGGUGGCUCGAGUUUCCCGCCAAAAGACGCGUCCCCAACGCUUUCCACUUUUCAAUCUAUCACGUCAUCUUCUUGCAACCUUUAUUCCGAAGCUUUUCGAAUUAUCAGCGUUUUUUGAAACGUAUCAAAAGCUAGAAAUUCAAAUUUUCAGGCAAAAAGUCAAGAACGACCUCAGCGAAGGCAAAAACCUCUACCACGACUACGACCACAACGACAACAACAAGAAGACCAACAACCACGACGGCAAGAAGAACGACGACAACUUCAAGGCCAACGCCGAGAAUCACGACGGCCAGGAAAUUGACCGUAAAAACGACGAAAACGACUUUGCCCGCCAAAAAAACGACGCCACAGACGCCGGCUGUAGUUCUGGACCAAGAAGAAGAAGAAUAUGUCGAUGAUGAAAAGGUAGAAGAAAAAAGAUUCAGUUCAAUUUUUAAUUUGAGUCAAUAUUUUGAUGGAAUCUGGAAGAAAGAUGGUUCUCAAAUUAUCAAAAAAGGGAGAAAAAUAAAGUUUUGAAAAAUAAAACUUUCUCAUAAGCAUGAUGACACCAAGUUGACGCCACACCCUUUGAAGAGGCGGGAAAUAGAAUGUUUUGUACGCAGUGCACAUAAUGCACAAGAAGUGACGCGCAAAAAGUGAAAUUGAAAGUUUUAUACGUCAGUUGGCUUGCGUGGUGUCGCCGUGAGAAGAUGGAUUUGAGGAGAAAGAGAAAAAAAUUUUAAAAUAUUCCCCUUCCGCAUUUGACAUGCAUUUUUGGGUUAGCAAUGAAUUAAAAAAAAGGAAACUUUCGAAAAAUAAAAUUCCAGGCGGUGCCUCUGAAGACGGAUAGCCCAAGUACGGUGGUUCUGGACAGCUCUUUCGAAGCGACCCGAAAGUUAGUUUGAAAAGAAUUAUACAAAAAAAGAAACACCAGCCCGAGAGCUUUUGCGCCCCAAUAGAAACUUGCAUUUUUGAAUAUUAAAGAUAACUUUAUGGAAAGGAUAUAUAUGAUCUUCUUUCUGAGAAUUCAGAGUUUUUUUUUUAGAAAAUUGGAGGCGCAGAUGAAGGAGGAAGAUGAGAGAAUCCGAGAGAUGCUGGCCGAUGAGGAGGACGAGAUGUCAGACGAAGAUGAAGACGCCGGGCUCCUCACUGCUGAAGAUCAGCGACGACGCGAGCGCGAGCAGUACAGAAUGGAGAGGUCUGAGAGCCUCGAAAAUACUAAAAUUUGAAAAAAAAAUCAAGCCAAACAGAAAAUGAAGCCAGAAUGAUUCAGAAGACGUGCCGAGGAGCGUCGUGAACGCGAAGAUGACAUUCUGGAGCGGAUCGAGGAGGAGGAGAUGAACGAGGCGAAACGCGAACGAGAAGGCCGAGAACGACGGCUUUCCGAGCAAAACUCUUCUCAUACAGUAACCUUCUUGGUUACCGUAAUAUUUUUGAUAAUUUCGAGAUUACUGUAGCUUGCAAAACUCUCUCACUUAUAUAGUGAUUUUUUUUCUGUUAAGGUUCCCAUAACUUAUCCAACUUGUCUAGAAUCAAGUUGAAUUCACGAACUUGCACAUAGUUCAUUCACCACUGGCUAAACGAGAGAAUACGCGAAAAGGAGAAAUUUAGACGUUUUUUGUGAGCUUAGCCAGCGGUGAAUGGAGUAUUAGAUUGAGAUGUCGCAAGACUUCAAGGAAUGACUCUCUUCUCACUGCCUCCGACCAAAAACUACUUUCGCAUCAUGACAACCUUCAGCAUAGGGCUCCCCAUUCCGAAACUUCGAUUUUCAAAAAGCAUCACGAUCGCGUCGUUUAGAGCCAUUCCUUGAAAUAUCAAGACGUCCUUAUUUUUCUCAACCAAUUCGACAAUUUUCCUCGGAAAGUACCCCUAUUGAUCUUACCAAUCAUGUCAUCUCAAGAAAUAUCCAUAAUUUAUUUCAAAUGCAUUUUUUUUUCUCAAAAACCUGCCAUCUCUGAAACCAUCCGAAUAAUUUUUAUUCUCUGGGAAUUUUUUUUUCUUCCACGCUUACUUAAUUUUUCUCUUUCUUAAUGCCUCAUACUGGUGAACAAUUGCUUGUAAUUUGUUUCUUUCCAACAAAAAAAAAACGCUUUUAUUCGCAUAAAUGAUAAAUUUUGACAAUUCAAGAAAUUUUUUCGUGAGUUUAAGAGGUAGCUUUCAGAAGACUGAAGAGGAGAUAAGAAUGAAAAAAUUAUUUUUUUCUCUCAAAUCGGUUUUCCUACUUGAAAAUUCCCGACUUCUCAGUACUCUCUCCGUCAGACUGUUCCAAAAAGUGGUGAUUAA